ACUGCUGAGCGUGCCGACACCUGCUUUGGGGGACUUCUCUACAACGGAAGCCCCACAAGUGCAUGGGUCUGCUGGUCCCUGGUGUGUCACCAGCCCCUAAAACAGUAUCUGUUCUGCAGUAUGUGCCCAAUAAAUAUGUCAAGUGAAUGUAUGUCCAGAGAGACAAGGCUGGGGAAAUGGCACAGUGAAAAAAGCCUAAAGAACAGGAAGCCGCGGGCUUUAGUUUCAGAUACACGAAAGGCUAACAAUAUUCGGAACAAAUUUUCUGUGUGGGCCUAUUAUGUGACAGCCACUGAAUUUGGUGCUGGGGAUUCCGUUAAAGAAAAGCAAGUCAUGCUCAGACGUCAGUUGUAAGGCAGAGCUGCGGAGGUAACAGUACAUUUUUCUCAGUUUGAGCUGCUCUGAAAUCAUCUUGCCGCGCAGAAGGUAGCGAGCUCAGCGGGACUGCAGUGCUCAAGCAGGGCGUAGGCCGCCCACCUGUCAGAGGCUGUGCCAGAAGGACGCAGGGGAGGGGUGAAGCGCCACCUUGGCUGAGGUCACUUCCCACCCCCAGAUUCUCUGCCUACAAAACCCUGCGGUUCUCUGACGCUGUAGACUCAUUAUUUUCUGACUUUCAAGGUCUCACGACGCUGAAAGCCCCAAAUGUAAGUCUUCAGUUUGCCCACGCGCUAGGACCCAAAAUUAAAGCAAAAGGUGAAUUCUACAGGGUCUCCCCAGUACGUGGCUGAGAGUAGGCAGCGUACCCUUCCAACCCUCGUAGAAACAGCAGGGUCGCAGCUCAGACCCGGGUGUCGGGGACGUCGCGAGACUGAGGUCCGAGACGUCGGUGACAGCGCCAGAACACGUGACUGGCUGUCGGGCGCGCAUCCCUCGGAACUGGGCCCGGGACUGUCACGUGACGGAGGGGUGUGCCAUGGGGUGAUGUGCGAUCCGAGGAUCUCAGACUGCGUGCAAAUGACGCAUUCCCAACCCUUCGGGCAACUAGAUUUCAGUUCCAGAAUGAGACGUUCCGGUAGAGGCGGGGAGGGGGGGGGGGGGCGGGCUCUCGAUCCCAGGCGGCCUCGCUUCCGUUCUGCCGCAACUGCUUCCGACCUCCGCCUUUCCCCUCGGCGGGGAAGAGCCGGGACCUCGCGCGCAUGCUCGGAGUCAUCGCCCCGGAGGGGCGGGGCUGUGGCUUCGGGAGCAGGAUGGGGGGAAGAGAAGGGAAUUCCAACCUGUAGAACUUUAGGGGUCCUAUGGUCGGGUUCUUCCCCGCGACCGUGGAUGGUGACAGGGGCGGGGCCUUUGGCGGCUCCUGGGGGGUCUUGGGGUUCGCAGGGUGAGGGAGGGGGGUGUCAGGCGUGAGAGAGGUGCAGGACUUCCAAAUUUAGAACCUUGAGGCCCUUUGGGUCCAGGCCCAGGGACGGGGCGCUCCGGCCACCAUGCGCGACAGGACCCACGAGUUGAGGCAGGGGGAUAACAGCUCCGACGACGAAGAUGAGGUUCGAGUCGCGCUGGUGGUACAGCCAGGUGCCGCCCGGCUGGGGAGCCCGGACGAUGAGUUCUUCCAGAAGGUCCAGACAAUUCGGCAGACCAUGGCCAAACUGGAGAGUAAAGUCCGGGAGUUGGAGAAACAGCAGGUCACCAUCCUGGCCACGCCCCUUCCUGAGGAGAGCAUGAAGCAGGGCCUGCAGAAUCUGCGCGAGGAGAUCAAACAGCUGGGGCGAGAGGUCCGAGCGCAGCUAAAAGCCAUAGAGCCCCAGAAGGAAGAAGCUGAUGAGAAUUAUAACUCAGUCAACACAAGAAUGAAAAAAACCCAGCAUGGUGUCCUGUCCCAGCAAUUCGUCGAGCUCAUCAAUGAGUGCAACUCAAUGCAGUCCGAAUACCGAGAGAAGAACGUGGAGCGCAUCCGUAGGCAGCUGAAGAUCACCAAUGCUGGGAUGGUGUCUGAUGAGGAGCUGGAGCAGAUGCUGGACAGUGGGCAGAGCGAAGUGUUUGUAUCUAAUAUACUGAAGGACACACAGGUUACGCGACAGGCCCUGAACGAGAUCUCGGCACGCCACAGUGAGAUCCAGCAGCUGGAGCGCAGUAUCCGUGAGCUCCACGAGAUCUUCACUUUUCUAGCAACGGAGGUAGAGAUGCAGGGGGAGAUGAUCAACCGUAUUGAGAAGAAUAUCCUGAGCUCAGCAGACUAUGUGGAGCGUGGGCAGGAGCAUGUCAAGAUAGCCCUAGAGAACCAGAAGAAGGCGAGAAAGAAAAAAGUCAUGAUUGCCAUCUGUGUUUCUAUCACUGUUCUCAUCUUGGCUGUCAUCAUUGGCAUCUCCAUUACCGUUGGAUAAUGUCACAUGUUCUUG